ACCAGCAGAGAGAGCUGCGGCCGUGGCAGCGGCGCGGCUGCUGGCUCCGGAGCAUGCGCAAGAGCCGCCUCGGAGUCCCUUGCCGCCCCUCCCGCGGCGCCCCGCGCCCCGCCGCCAGCGCACCCCCGGACGCUAUGGCCCUCCCUUCCGGCUGGCCCCUCGUGUAGGAUGGUAGCACACAACCAGGUGGCAGCCGACAAUGCAAUCUCCGCGACAGCAGAGCCCCGACGGCGGCCAGAGCCUUCCUCCUCUUCCUCCUCCUCGCCCGCGGUCCCCGCUCGCCCUCGGCCCUGCCUGGCGGCGCCGGCCCCGGCCCCGGCCCCGGCCCCGACCCCCGGCGACACACACUUCCGCACGUUCCGCUCUCACGCGGAUUACCGGCGCAUCACGCGCACGAGCGCGCUCCUCGACGCCUGUGGCUUCUACUGGGGACCCUUGAGUGUGCACGGGGCGCACGAGCGGCUGCGCGCCGAGCCCGUGGGUACCUUCCUGGUGCGCGACAGUCGCCAGCGGAACUGUUUCUUCGCCCUCAGCGUGAAGAUGGCCUCGGGCCCCACGAGCAUCCGCGUGCACUUCCAGGCCGGCCGCUUCCACCUGGACGGUAGCCGCGAGAGCUUCGACUGCCUCUUCGAGCUGCUGGAGCACUACGUGGCGGCGCCGCGCCGCAUGCUGGGCGCCCCGCUGCGCCAGCGCCGCGUGCGGCAGCUGCAGGAGCUGUGCCGCCAGCGCAUCGUGGCCACUGUGGGCCGCGAGAACCUGGCGCGCAUCCCGCUCAACCCAGUCCUCCGAGACUACCUGACCUCCUUCCCCUUCCAGAUUUGACUGGCCGCGCCCGCGCGCACGCAGCAUUAACUGGGCGCUUUAUUGUUUUCCAUUAUUAAUUAUUAUUAUUUGCCUAGAGUAAAUGGGUGCCCUCCCCACCUGGGUUGGAGGGAGUGGGUGUGGGGGGCAAGGCACCUUCUGCUCUCAGCUGAAGACCAAGCUGCAGACCCUUCCCCACCUCUUGGGGGGCACUCCCCUCCUGGUGCUCCCUCUGGGUCCCCCUGGUUGUAGCAGCUUAACUAUCUGGGGCCAGGACCUAACUCACCUCCUACCUCUUCAUGUUUACAUACAACCAGUAUCUUUGCACAAACCAGGGGUUGGGGAGGCUCUCUGGCUUUAUUUUUCUGCUGUGCAGAAUCCUAUUUUAUAUUUUUUACAGCCAUUUUAGGUAAUAAACUUUAUUAUGAAAGUUUUUUUUUUUAAAG